AUGGAUACUUUAGAACAAUCACCAAUUAAUCAAUGGAAGGAUAUAGCAUCUAUUGGUGGAUGCGUACAUGAGAGUUACUUGGCAGAGAGUUGCCGAGAUGAGAGUUGGCAAGAGGUCGCUGCCAAGUCUUCAAUAUUUUUUGCCCAGGUCAGGGAAGACCCUCUACUGGACCAACAGGUCCUCGACAGAUACUUUGGCUCCGAUGCCAAGAUCAACAUGGCCAUGAUAUCAAGUGGCGGUGACACCGCAGCCUACAUCCUUAAGGACCCCAGACUGAAGAAGUUGGACCUGGUCGACAUCUCGACGCCCCAACUAUCUCUCACACGUCUAAAGAUCGAGUUGCUGAAGGAGACCACCCAGCGCCGUCUGGAGUUGCUGGGCCACGCCCCGCUGGACCCUGCCGAACGACGCCAAGCCGUGGAGCUGAUCUUGUCCCGAUUACCGGGGGUAACCAUUUCCGACUUUGAAGGGAAUGACCUCGGCGCCGGCAUCGACCGGACGGGACGCUAUGAACAGCUCUUCCACGCGCUCAAGGUUCGUCUGGCGGACGUGUCCAGCUCGGUCGAAGCGCUCUUUGCACUGACCUCCAUCCACGAGCAGGUGCGUCACAUCUCGUCCGACACCGAGUUUGGUCGCGAGCUUGACGCAGCCUUUGACGAGAUCUUGCACGUCGACAACUACUUUGCAGUGUUUGGCGAGCGCGCCACUUCCAACAAGGGUCGCGACUUCUCCAAGCGCUUCCUUCAGAAGCUGCGUAACUUCCUCUCCAAUCAUCUCGCGUCUAGCUCGCCAUUCGUCUCGCAGAUUCUGCGGGCGGACUUUUACCGUGGCAAGUACUACGAUUGGUACAACAACCCCCAGCUCGUCGACGGUCCUUCGGCCGAGCUCGGCUUCCACAAGCAGGGAAUGGAGGAGUAUCUGCUCAAGGCGCGCGACCUCGACGUCGUCCACCUGUCCAACAUCACCGAUUGGUUCACCCCCGAGGAGAACCUGCGCGUCCUACGUCUUGCCUACCAAGCACUCAAGCCCAAUGGUGUAGUAUUCGUUCGUCAGAUCAACACUCACUUUGAUCUCAACGCAGUACACAUUGGAUUCGUCUGGGAUCAAGCCACCUCUGAAGAAUUGAUCCGUAACGACAGGAGUUUCUUCUACAAGAUAGCUGCUGUUGGAAGAAAGGUUGUUGAGCCAUCUCCAUAA